AUGCAAAGCCCCUUGUACCAGCAAGAAUUCGCCGCUUUCGGGUUUCCGAAAACGUCUCCAGUAGUCACCCGCUCGCAAGCGCGUGAGGCUGCUAGCCGCAGUGCCGCCGAGAACCUCGACAGCUCCUCUAGAACGCAAUCGACUCCCUCUCCAACCAUUCCCGGUAACUUCGACCGCGACGAAGAAGACGAGAUAGACCAAGAACUCCAGGACGACUUCGACGAAGAACCGAUCCCUUCGACCGCCGAAGAACGCACUUCGUCCCCCGAGCUUCUAGGCCUCACUACUUCCGACUACGACAUUUCAACUCCUGAUCUUUUCGAACGAUCCGGUUCUUCGCCCGAACCCGAGGAUCCCAUCCCAUCUACUUCGAAUCUCGAACUCCCGACUCCGUCUUCUUUUCUCAUACCUACACCCGACCUGGCACCUCCGCCACCCUUGGCACCUUCGAACGCAGCUUCGAACUCCAACCCAGCACCGCCCGCACCUACGAUUCCUUCGACUACUACCACGUCCUCUUCGAGCCCAGCUCCUACUACCACUACGAACAUGAGUCAGAACACGAAUACACCGUUGAUGCCCCCGCGCGGUCAUUCGACAGCACCAAGCUUCGACCCAUCGGAAGUCCGUUCGCUUCGGCGUUACUUCCAGGACCUCGAAGCGUUGUUCACCCGGUGUCAGAUUACUGACGAAGCGGCCAAGAAACAGUGGGCCGUUCAGUACCCUUCGAUCGACGUCGCCGACUUAUGGGAAACCAUCGAGUCCUUCAUCGACGUAGCCAAGAGCUACAACGACUGGAAAGCCGACGUACGAGCACUCUAUCCUGGUGCCGACGGUACAAGAAAGUGGUCACUGGCGGACAUGGACCAGCUCAUCGGAGAACGCGCUCGUAUCAGGAUUCACAAUGCGGCAGAUCUGGGCUGCUAUUACCGUGACUUCAUGGCCAUUACGAAACAUCUCAUCGCACAGAACCGACUCUCCCCUAUCGAACAAAGUCGCGCAUUUCUUCGAGGAUUCCAGCCAGCGUUGCUCACACGGCUCGAGACCCGACUACACCUCAAGCACCCCGAUCACUACGCCGACGACCCAUACACCAUGGCAGAGAUUCACGCGGCGGCUACUUUCAUUCUACACGGUACAUCGAGCACACCUACGACCACGGCGAACCAAGCUAUCGCUUCGACAUCGAACACUUCGACAACGGUGCCCCCCGGGAUGAUCAAAACCGAAGACAUCUCGAUGAUCAUCAAAAGCCUGUCGAGGACGAUCGCAACACUCAUUCAGCCGACGACGCACGCUACGCACAACCACGCCCCCGCACCGAGACAACAAGCUACCGUCCACAUCCACGAGAACACCGGAGCUGAACAGAUGUGCCACUACUGCGGCAAUCGUGGCUGCAGGGUAGGCACCUGUGAGUUUGCGGAGAUCGACAUUCGGGACGGCAAGUGCAAGCGGAACACCGAAGGCAAGAUCGUCCUUCCAAACGGAAGUUUCUGCCCCCGCACUAUCCCUGGUCUCACGAUACGAGAUCGAAUUUACGAGUGGCAUAGAAGAAAUCCCGUAGCACCCGCCGCUCCGACGAUGCUCUUCGAGAUCGACGAUCGCUCGACUGUGCAAACAUUCACGCUCAACACCAGCGGCAGGAUCGAGGCGCUCGAGCGAGAACUCCUUCAGCUUCGGAAGCGAAGGGAGGUCUUCGACGGCGUCGAGAUUCUACAGCGGAAGAAGCCUACGACGCCAGUCGUCACAAGAAGCGCGGAAGCCUCGGGAUCUGGUACAUCGAAAGGAGUGGCGGCACCCUCGAGCACUUCGACAAGCACGGCCCCGCCUCCGACGAUACCAGCAGCAGCACCCGCGCCGUCUUCUUCGCCGCCCACGCAAUCCACUACUACGUCCGCUCCCCCAGCACCACCAGUACACCCUUUCGCAAACGCUCGCGACGCAACCUACGCCCCGCCGAACGUUCGAAACUUCGCAACUCCGCCGAAGCCCUCGAACGACAAGGGCAAGGAGCCAGCGUACAAGACCAUCGUCCCCGUUAUCCAGCCGAAGCUCGCCGAGGAAAUCUUCCAGCGUUCAAUGAAGUCGCAGUUCGUCACGCUGACCCCAGAAGAGUUGCUUUCGAUCGCACCCGACGUUCGAACCAAGUACCGCGACGCCGUCACCCCUAAGCGAGUCUCGACGGAACCUGUCGCGUCGGCCCACAUCGUAGAAAUCGGCGCCGAUGAGGUCACGGCCGUCAACCAGCUCUCGUGUUCAGGUGCAACGUUGGAACCCGGUGCUACAAUCGUACCCGACCCCUAUGAAACCUAUCUGAAGCACAUCCCUCACGGCGAGCACCCCGCAGAAUUCACCGUCGCACGCGAUUCGAAUGCGAUUCGAUCGAUCAUCGCGUUGGUCGACAACAAAGAGCAGAUCGAAUGCAUCGUCGACCCCGGUUCGCAGAUCGUCGCCAUGUCGGAAGAGGUCUGUCUCGGCCUCAACCUCCUCUUCGAUCCUACUAUCCAGCUGAACAUGCAAUCGGCGAACGGCGAGGUGGACCGAUCGUUGGGACUCAUUCGAAAUGUUACCUUCCGCAUCGCGUACGACAUCCUCCUCGGCCGACCCUUCGACGUGCUCACGCAGAGCGUCGUCAAGAACUUUGCCGACGAGAACCAGACCAUUACGAUCCUCUCAUCCUUUCGGGUGUCGCAAAUCGCAUUUUCUCGCUUCGAGGAAUUGAUUCCCCAUGAUCAAGGAGAAGCCGCGCUAGUCAUCGACUACGAUGGGGUAAAACCAAGUAUUUCCUUCGUCUCUCCUAUUGAUUCCUCGAUUCCGAACGCUGUUUCGUCACUGUACCUCUCCGCAUGCACCUCCGUUUCUUCAUAUUUGCAGUCUCUUUACGCCUCGGACAAUACAGCUUCUAAUGCCGCCCCGUCGAACACUUCGACGUGGGCUUCGACUCUUCUAUUUUCAGCUCCGUUCGCUUCGACUCCGCCAGCUCCCGUUCCGACGAAGUCCAUCUCGCAGCUUUCCAACUCGAUUCUCCCCUUUCCUUCGACGACAUCGACUUCUACCCCCUCAACGCACAAGAUACUCGCCGCGACGAAGAAAAAGUACAAGCCUGUCGCUCUCAAAACCCGACCCGUCCUUGGUGCCGUCCCCGAACAAUUUCGAAUACUUCGAGACAUCAAGGGCGACCCUCUAUCCACAAUGCCUAAGCUUUCGACCGACCCCCCGCCGUUCAAACCUACCGGUCGGUACACCCUCGAACACUUCGAAGCAACCGAGAAGCUUCACGACGGCGACUUCCUACUUCCCGAAGAACGUCGAGUCCUCCACCACUUCAUGUGCCUGCACAACGAAGCCUUCGCAUGGACCGAUGACGAGCGCGGAUGCUUCAAGCCCGAGUACUUCCCCCCCGUCGAUUUCCCCGUCGUUCCUCACACGCCCUGGGUGCAGAAGAAUAUCCCCAUUCUGCCCGGGAUCUACAACGAAGUCUGCGCGGUGAUCAAGCGAAAGAUCGCCGCCGGAGUCUACGAGCCAUCGAACUCGUC